UUGAUCAUCGCCGUUGACGUUGAUCAUCGCCGUUGACGUUGAUCCACUCCCGCUCGGUGGCUGACAGGGCCCCCCUGUUCAGCCGCCCCUCAUACGUCAGUCUGUCCAACCUCGAGACCUUGCUUUGGCAUCCAGCACACGCUUUCGCAGUCCUAACGUGUCUCAGUGGCCUGCGCGUCUUCACAUUGCACCACUCCUCGUUUUGUUCAUCAGAGGCCCCAUUCACGAUUCUGCACCUUAGCAAUCAAUCCGCGAGAUUGUUCAGAGCAUUCCUGACAAUCAGAGGCAAGAUUGACAAUGUCGACAAGGCCUCAAGCCCCCGGGCCAAACUCCACCACAGCAGCACAAUCAAAGCAACCUCGCUCCCGCAAAGCAGCAAACCCAGAGCCAUCCACCGCUGGCCGGGCAGGCUCAGCGGGCGGUGUCAUGCUUCCGAAAGAGGCAGUCAAGAAAUCAUCGGCCUCUAAAGCCGUCCCGACUCCAGCCAAAGACACAACCACGCAAGACGCGCCCAAGAAGAAGCCCAGGAAACUCAACAAAGACCCUACGUCCGCAUCUUCAAUCACACCCGCCACGAAACGCGGCGUCUCGACUGGAGCAGCCGAGCUCGAAGCACUGAAAGCGCGCGUCCGCGGCCUGGAAGCCAAAGUCGAGGAACUCUACAAGACCGCGCCUCCAACAGCGACACCGCGCUCGCCACGGCGCCGAGGCAAAGGACGGAAGAACUCGAGUGCAACCACGACGGCGACGCUCGGUACCUUGUCGCAGAAGAAGGAACAGCAGGAACACGUCCAGGAGGAGGACGAGGAAGCAGACGAAGAGCUCGGCAGGCUCGAAGACGAACUCGAGACCGCACGCCAAGACCUCGCCCUAUACAACCCCACAUCACGGCCGCGAGCAAGGCCAACCGCAUCCGACGACACGGACCAUGUGGAGGAGAUACCCAGAGAAAAACCGGGAGUCGGUGCCGGCAGCGACAGGCAGGUGACCCUCAGCGGCUCCUACCGCAUCCCGCUCCCCGCAACCCUCAACCCAGAAGACGUCAAGACGAUCCAGUCCGGCGUGUCGGCGGCCCAGAACGUCGCGCGCUCCUUCCUCGACCAGCGUCGCGCAAACCAAGCACUCCGCACCGCCCAGGCGGACGCCGGCCCCCCGCCACCGCCCACGCCCUCGGCUCCCAAAGCACGAAAAAACAAGGACAACGUCGAGCCAGAGCUGCACCUCAGCACCGAUGCGGCGGGGAAGCAGAGCUGGGGCGAGUGGAUCGGCGGGUACAGUGUAGCGAUCAGCCGGGCGGUGAAGAGCAUCGAGCACGAAGCGGCGAUGGAGGCGCAGAGUCAGGACGCGCGGCCGGCGUCGGCUCGCGCGGGGAGCGGGACGGCGAGGAAGAAGAGACCGGGUGCCAAGACGGCAUUGAGUGGUGAGCAGGUGGAGGGGUUGAUGAGCUGACUGGUGGUCAUGCAUACCAGAUGGCGUUUGGAAUACAUAUUCGAAUGCGGACUAGGAAUCACGUGGUGUUGAAUAUUGCGUCUCGCGUUGUACAUGCUGAAAACUGUC